AUGCCCGAAGAAGUGCUACCCUACCACAAAGAAGAGAAGAGACUGGCGGCAUCUGAGUACGAGAAAUACGACCCUAUACGCGAACGUUUCAGUUACGUGAUCGCGCUCCAGGUAUUUCUACUGUACAUAAUCUACAUCUAUUACGAUCACAUUAACGAGUACCAUCCGCUAUUGGCUGGGGCUCUUCUGGGGGCACAAACGUCAUGUCUGGCACAGUCGUUGAACCAAUUUUACCAACGCACAAUCAGUCUAUCUAAGCAUAUCAAAUUUUACGUUUACGGAAUAUUCAACGGAGCAGCUACCACUUUAUGGAUUAGGUUGCUAGUGUCCAAGGUGGACACUAAACUCAUGAGAUUUGUAUACGAUCAGACAUUCGGUGGCCUCAUGUUUCAGUUCUUGUUCAUCUUGUAUAACUGUAUCUGGGAACGGCAGGACCUUUACACCCAUUUACGAACAACAUAUAUCCAGUCGCUCAAAUACUACUACAUGAUGUGGCCGUUCGUGUCGUAUCUAUGCUUUUUCCAUAUGCGUGAAGACCUAAUAUUCCCGCUCAACUGUUUAUCGAGUCUCAUAUUCACGCUGCUACUGACUCUGAUCACGUAA